GGACAAGUGAAAGACAGAACUUCAUGUCCGCACUGUGAGAAGAUGAGAUUAGCCAGAUAAGAAACUAAGUCUGCAACCGUUUUCCGGGAUAUAAUUUUAUUUAUUUCUUUUUUUUAAGCAGAUGUAACACUUGAGUUCAGGCUCUUAGGUCAAAAACAGGAUGCCAAGUUCUCAUCCUUGGUGCCAUGGCAAUAUAACUCGAUCCAAAGCUGAGGAUCUACUCUCCAAAGCGGCAAGAGAUGGAAGCUUCCUUAUCCGGGACAGUGAGUCCAUACCAGGAGCAUAUGCCCUCUGUGUUUUAUACCAGAACUGUGUGUACACAUACAGAAUUCUGCCAAAUGGGGACAACAAGCUCUCUGUUCAGGCAUCUGAGGGAGUUCCUAUUAGGUUCUUCACUUUGCUGCCGGAGCUGGUGGAGGCAUAUUACAGCCCCAACAUGGGGCUGGUCACACAUCUGCAGUACCCUGUCCAGAGGGAGGACGAGGUGGAAGAGGAGCAAGAAUCCAACAAUAACCCACCUCAGCUUCCACCCAGAAACUUUCCAGCUGAGAGCAAAGAAAGUGAAUCCAAGACAUCUGAGCAGGCCAGCAAGUCUCUGUCAGACACCUACCUGAUGAAACUGCAGCACAUGGACUUAUCCAUAUUAUCAGAGGAGCAUCAAAUGGCCAUCCAAGAAUACUUCAGGACCUCAAUCUGUUUAGAUGUUGAACAAGUACAGAAUGGAAACCCUAACCUUCCCGGCCUAAAGAAGCUGAUCAUGGCAAUCUGCAAAAAUCUAAACAGUGAAAUUUCCAGAAUCUUGCCAACUCUGGAGAUGUUUCGUAGAGCGUUGGACCAGCAGCUCUCCCCGGGGAUUGGGCCAUACCCAAAACAAAUUUGUGUCGAUUCAGGUCAGUCGGUAUCCUGUAGGCUGGAGGAGCUGACAAAACUACUCUACUCAAUAGAAGAUAAGGCAAAAAGUUCUGUUUUUGAGUCAGCUGGACAUGAUGGAGGCCACAGGAAAUCUCUCAUACCUGUUGUUACAUUUGAGGUCAAGCAAGAAUCUCUUGGUAUUUCCACAAAGAUGCUCCUGAAAGUGGAUGUUGAAGAUGGAAAAAUCUACUUUAAGAAAUCAAAAGAUGGGCCUGAAGACAAAUACUUUGUGCACAAUAAAAUCUUGCAGUUGGUGAAAUCCCAGAAGAUGCACACCAAAUUAAUAAUCGUGGUCGAGACUGAGAAGGAGAAGAUUUUGCGUAAAGAGUUCGUUUUUGAUGACACAAAGAAAAGAGAGGGUUUCUGUCAGCUGCUUCAACAAAUGAAGAACAAACACUCAGAAAAGCCUGAACCAGACAUGAUCACAGUGUUUAUUGGCACCUGGAACAUGGGAAAUGUUGGUCCGCCACACAACAUCAGGUCCUGGUUUCAGUGUAAGGGCCAAGGAAAGACACGGGAUGACACCGCAGAUCAUAUUCCACAUGACUUUUAUGUCAUUGGGACUCAAGAAGAUCCUCUGAGUGACAGGGAAUGGGCUGACACGGUGAAAAGUGUCCUGAGAAAUAUCACAAAUAUUAGCUUUAAACAAGUGGCGAUUCACACACUGUGGAGCAUUCGGAUUGUGGUCUUGGCCAAACCCGAGCAUGAAAACAGGAUCUCCCAUGUUUUCUCAGACAGUGUGAAGACGGGGAUUGCCAACACUUUGGGAAACAAGGGAGCAGUUGGAGUGUCUUUCAUGUUCGGUGGUACAUCUUUUGGCUUUGUCAACAGUCACCUGACCUCUGGAAGUGAAAAGAAGCUCAGACGGAAUCAAAACUACGCCAGCAUCCUGCGAUUUCUCAAUCUAGGAGAUAAGAAGCUCAACCCGUUUGACAUCACACAUCGCUUCACGCACCUCUUCUGGCUUGGAGAUUUGAACUAUCGUGUUGAAUUUCCAUCUUCAGAAGCUGAGUACAUUGUGACAAAGAUCAAACAGCAGCAGUACCAGGAACUCCUCAGUAAAGACCAGCUGAGCAUGGAGAGGAAGGAUGGAAAGGUUUUUCUGCAUUUUGACGAGGAGGAAAUAACAUUUGCACCCACAUACCGCUUUGAGAGAGACACACGAGAGAAAUAUGCCUACACGAAAGCCAAAGCUACAGGGACAAAAUAUAAUUUGCCUUCGUGGUGCGAUCGCGUCCUGCGGAAGUCAUACCCUCUGGUCCACGUCGUCUGCCAAGCGUACGGCUGCACUAAUGACAUCAUGACAAGCGACCACUCACCGGUAUUUGCCACGUUUGAAGUCGGAGUCGCUUCGCAGUUUGUCUCCAAACAAGAUCCAAACACUGCGUCUCAGGGCGGGAUUCAAAUCAUGAACUGCGUGGCCAUCUUGUUGACAAAGUCAAAGACAAAGUUUUUCAUUGAAUUCCACUCGAGUUGCUUGGAGAAAACUAUGAAGACUUCAGAGGGAGACAACACGGAGCAAUCUGACGGCUCUGUCAAAGUUUGGUUCGGCAACCAAGUUGAGCUCACUCCCAUCAUUUCGGACCCUGAGUACCUCUUGGACCAGCACAUCCUCAUAUGUGUGAAAUCCACAGACAGUGACGAGUCGUACGGAGAGGGCUGCAUUGCACUGCGAGCUGCCCAGUUCUGCUACAGGGAGUUCCAGAUUACGCUGACUCACCAUGGAGAGAAGACGGGCACGUUGACAGGUGGCAUCCAGUUACGCACCUCUGAGGGCAAGCCCACUGAGAAGUUAUAUGAUUUCAUCAAAAUUGGGGAUGACAACGUCCCCCCAAAGGGCAAAUCUGGAGACGCCAACAAGGUGUCCACCACACAGGCACAUGAUAUUUCUAACCCUAGUUACAUGGGUUUGUCAUUCAGAAGUGGGAAUGUGAUUGAUAAGGGCUGGAGUUACAGCAUGCCACCACGAGCUCUUCCAGGGCAAGGGUGUAAAGAUCCCAAGAAGGCUCCUCAUGAUGUGGUCAUACGCAGUCCCACAGGAAAAUCUUCUAGGGGGGAGGAUGAAAACGCGUCAGAGAUGUUUGACAACCCUCUGUAUGGUUCAAUGGUAAAAGCACAUGGUCAGGCCAAGGACCAAAACCCUCCACAGACAGACCAUCUGACACUGACAGACCUACUGCCUGCAUCCUCCAAAGCAACAGAUGGGGAGGCAGAUCGCCCCCCAGUGCCUGCCCCACGCAACCGCUCUUUUACCUGCUCUGAGAACAAACCUCAAUCCCCAACCCCAUCUAAUCUGGCCCCCUCGACACAUAAAAAACCUGUAGUGCCCUCACGCUCAGAGGGUGGGAUGGGACAGAAUCGGCCUCGUUUGCCCAACAAGUCUCGACAGGAGCCCCAGGCCGCCAAACCCAGAGACUACAGGGACAGCUCUGAGAUCCCCAGCAAGCAGAGACAUCCAGCAAGACCUAGUCCACCACAGCCUAACAAAGACAUGCAUCCAGAUGUUCCCAAGACUGGUCGUCCUGUGAACUGAGCUGCAGCAUUGCCCAGCAUUACCAGAACAGCUUCCUGCUCUGCAUUUAUGGAAAUGUGUAAUACACAAAGCCAAGACUUCAUGCCUUUUAGGAUAAUCAACGUAUAUGAGUGGCAACUCAGAGAAUACUUUCCUUUCUUUUUCUUUACAGUGAGGAGCUAGGCAUGAUACAGGACUAAUGCAUCUUUCACUGAGUUGGUUGUAUUUUUUAAAUUCACCACUAUGAUGUUCCAGAAUAAAAUAUUACAAAUCUA